GUUUGCAUAAAAACAGUUAACUGAAUAUCAUAUCAACCCGAUUAGUAACUACAACGACAUGGAAACAUUCGGAACAUUCCGCGCGGACGGGUUUGUUCCUUCCAGGCCACCGUCCUUCCUGCUGUGGGUGUGGACGAUGACGAAGAGUCCACGGAGGAUGAAGGCUCUGCAGCUGAAAAUAGUUCGGUGCUGAGCGGGUUUCGGGUUCCUCCGCGGCUGGGAGCUGGAAUGCUGAGUCGGGAUGGGAAAUCUGUUCGGGAAGAAGAAGCAGUCCCGCGUGACGGAGCAGGACCGCGCCAUUCUGCAACUGAAGCAGCAGCGGGAUAAGCUGAGGCAGUACCAGAAGAAGAUCCACCUGCAGCUGGAUAAGGAGCGGCUGCUGGCCAAGAAGCUGCUCCAGGAUGGGAAGAAGGACAAAGCUCUGCUCCUGCUGAAGAAGAAGCGGUACCAGGACCAGCUCCUGGACAAGACGGAGAACCAGAUCAGCAAUCUGGAGCGGAUGGUUCAGGAUCUGGAGUUCGCUCAGAUCGAGAAGAAAGUUCUGGACGGGUUGAAGGUCGGGAACGAGUGUCUGAAGAAGAUGCACGAGGUGAUGUCCAUCGAAGAGGUGGAGCGGAUCAUGGAUGAGACCCAGGACGCCGUGGAGUACCAGCGGCAAAUCGAUGAGAUGCUCGCCGGAUCUCUGACUCAGGAGGACGAGGACGCCGUUCUGGCCGAGCUGGAGGCCAUCACUCAGGGAGACGUGGAGCUUCCAGACGUUCCUUCAGAGGAGCUGCCAGAAAGUCCGGAGCGGAAAGGAGAGCGGGAACGUCCCAGGAAGAAGCCGGAGCGAGAGAUGCUGGCCGUGUAGGAGCGCCGCCGACCUCGUCCUCUGGUCUGACGGGGAUCGUAACUCGACGUCGGACCCUCACAUCCUCUGAUGACCUCAGGGAGGUCACAGGGUCGCUUCGCUCAAAACUCAACAUUCUCUGGAAGCUGCAGCGUUUGCUGACCCCUCACGACCUCCUGCAGCUUCUCCUCCUCCUGAAACUUUCCCGUAACCACGACGACACAUCUGCUCCCCGUCUGACCUCCUUUCCUCCUGAUGGUCUAAUCCCGUCUCUGCUGAGUGUGAGCUCAGCUCUGAUGCUCAGACAGCAGCGUGUAAUCUCCUGAAGGUGUUAACGGGACAGAACUCCUCCACUGGAUGUCUUUGUUCACCUGGCUGCUGCAGAAGCCCCGCCCCCCUGGCGGACUCCAUCAAACUGACAUCCAAACACUCCGGUCCGGACGCUCCGGAAAUCUGUUUGCUUUUUACAAUAAAAGUUUUUUAGUUCUUCA